UUGUCAAAAAGUCCUUUUUCAAUAUUUUCUUUUCUAAGCUAAAACAGGUCAAAAAUAAUUAGUUUUUAGAUUAUUUAUGUGGUUUAUUAAACGUAGACAGUUUCACUUUAUAUAUGUAUGUGUUUCGAGGAGGUCAAAAAAGUGGGUGGACCUUAGUUCCUAAUUGGGCAGUCGUGUUGUGUUGUACAGAUGAAAAUAAACUUUAUUGAUGAUGAAAAAUGAAGGGAGUUGGUAAUUCACCAGCAGACCGCGAAGGGAUGACAAAUAAACCAAUAGUAGCAUGCGCUGGCGAUUGGAAUUUAUUCUGUACAUUAGAACAACCCUUGGUGGCUGCCAUUCCUCAGGAUUCCUGUGAAUGGCGUCGGUCAUACGGCCGAAUUACUAAGUUUGUUUACUUGGAGGCAACUUUUGUCAAGUUUAAUAAAGAUAAGGCACAAUCUGAGCUCAAUCUUUUAAAACGACCCAUAUUCCAUAUUUAUUGGACUGAUUGUGUGGAUGUAGAAUAUUAUAAAACCACAUUAAGAGAAGAUAUUGAACUAUGGGUCAAACAAUUAGAGAAAAACAACAUCACAGACUGGAUGAUAGUGUUAGUAGAGACUUACGAUAUAAGAAAGACCAACAAACUACUGCCCAGGACUACAGUUUUAGAUAAAAUCAAAGGUGAUUUUGCCGCCAAACAGACUGAAGAUAGAUUUGUAUCUGUCAUUAAUCCUAUAAAAUCUGAGGCGAGGAGUGCAGAAUCUUGGAGGGCCCUUGUCGCAAAAGUUAGACAUUUUAUUCUAGUUGCAUACAACAAAGCACUAAUUAAGUUUGAAGAGCAUAUGAGAGAACAGAGGGAGAAUAGAAAUGACCCAGAGUGGGAUUUUUGUAAAUACUUCAUUUUACAAGAGCAAUUGGCAUUUGUGCUUGAAAUGCUUGGUCUAUAUGAAGAAGCUCUAGUCCAGUAUGAUGAAUUGGACGCAUUGUUUUCGCAAUUUGUACUCAAUUCAAAUGUGGCGGAAAGUCCAAAAUGGCUUGAGACAUUCCGACAGCCAAUAACAUGCUGGCAAGCUGUAAGACUGACUUCAUUAGUACCGCAGAAUUUAAGAGAAUUAAUAAUUAAGAAGAAAGCUUCUCUAUUAGACUUUAGGAGUUACUUGUUUCAACGACAAAGUGCCAUGUUACUACUUACUUUUAAACCUUGGGAGAUAGCAUCUCGGUGUCUAACAACAGUCCACAAUACGCUGGUAGAAUUAUCGUUACUGAACGCGCACGCGGUGGAAGGUGCGGCCGCGUGCUGGGCGCAUUUAGCGUGCGCGGAGACGCUUCGUGCGUGCGAACGAAUCUCCUCCACGAAUAGCGCGCUCGAAGCGUGCACUAACAUGAAUGCUCCACUAUUACAUAAUGCGAAGGAUAAGCUUCACGAGCUAGGCAAACUCUGCGGCCUACUACCAUGUUCGUCUGAACCUACCUCAGAACAGCUACAUUUAGUGGUCAUGUUAUCUGCUGGCAUGGGAGAUAGCGAACCUAACAAUCAACAAAGUUCGACGGACAGACUAAAAGAGGCCCUCUGCAGCAAGAAAAGCUUUCAGCAAUACUAUUUGGAAUUAGCGGAAUUGGCAAUGGGCACCUACAAACACAUUGGAAGGCUAAGGUUCGCACGAACUAUAGGAAGGGACCUAGCCGCGUUCUAUUCCGAGUUAGGAGAAACGAGCAAAGCCGUAGUAUUUCUUAUGGAUGCAUUACGUUCCUAUGAGGAGCAGGGUUGGAAGGAUCUAGCGGCGCAGACCCGUUUAGAACUCAUUGCCGCCGCUAAGAAAAUGAAUGAUGUCGAUAGGUAUGCAAAGCUCUCUGCUAGGAUAGCUAGCACGGCCGAGUUAGAGAUUCUAGUCAGAAACUUUUAUUUCGAGGAAAUGUUGAAGACCAUUAAGGAAGACCUCGCGGAGAAGCAGGAGUCAGUUCUGACGGAGCUCAGCGACUGUUUUAAACUGGUUUCAGCUGAACUACUGCCUUCGGAGCGCGAUGUUUAUAUUACUGACAAUAAGGUCCAAUGUCGACUAGUAAUAGACAGUCAUAUGCCCAAAGACGUUUUAUGCACGCGCGCGGCUAUCAGUGUGGAAAUGUUUCAAGAUAAACAAACGGAGAAACGGACGCCGGUGAAAAAUUAUAAGACUGAUUUAACUGUUAAUGUAGGAACACAGGCUAAUUCGCCGAGGAAAUCUGUGGACACCACGGAAAGCGAAUCUAAUACUUUAAUUACUAGCAUAAGACUAGAUGAUCUUAAACCUAAGAACCCAUUACUAAAUCCGAUGAACAUCACUUCAAAACUUCAUUAUAAGGAGGACAAAACCCUCCAAAAAGCGACAGUAGAAUGUCAAAACCCAAAACUGCCAUUACGUCGUACUGAUAGCACUAAAUAUAGGAAACCGUCCGCUACAGUACGGAAUAACUACGAAACAUGUUUUGAAUGUAAAACUUUCACAAUACACCCAGGUUUAAAUACCGUUGUCGUUGAAUAUAUUGCUCAGAAAUGUGGUACUUUUAAACUCGGCCAGGUUUCUUUAUUAAUUGAGGGAAAACUGGAGUUUUUAUCGAACGCUUUAAUAGCUGGUAAGAUGGGAUAUGAAGUUGAAACGCAAGCGAUCAGUGUGUAUUUGAAUAAAGUUGAGCCGAAGAAGGAUUUGGUCUCUGGUUUGGAACAUGAUAUGGAACUCGUGGUGACCAGUGGAAGUUCAAGGAUAGAAGACAAUGCAACAAUCCUUUUAAAAACAUCAACUGGACUGAAUAUACGAUUUGCAAAAGACCAAUGUCCGAUGUCCAGAGAGAUAGCGAUACCCAUUCAAGCAAUAGAACCAUUUCAGACCACUAAAAUUCCUUUGCGGUUAUUUGCCAGCCUACAACCUAAAAGGGAAAAGAGUAUAGAAUUACAUACUGUUUGGCUGACGUGUCCCUGGUGGGAAACGAUAACGGAGGUCCCCCUACACUUUUCUCCGCCAAUGAUUGCGUCAUGGAGGCUACUAACGUCUAAUACGAGAAAAUUUAUCCACGUGACUUUAAAAUCAUCGGUCGCACAUUUCAUACAGUUUAUAUUAACCGAACCCAAGUUAGAGUGUGACGGUAAUAAUACUGUGUCGGACUUAAAUCCGAAGAAUUCUGGCGAUAUGAUAGUGGCAUCAGACAGUACAACAGCCUCUUUAAUGUGGGAACUCCUAAAAGACCCUUUAGUCAAAGCUGGUCCAAUGAAGGCUACAUUCACAGUGCAAUACCGUCCUGUCAAAGAAGAUAUUUCGAGAACGUUCUCCUGUCCAUUUGACAUCCAGGAUUAUACCACAUUGUUUGUGAUUAGGACUAAGCUAGAGCCAGGGAAAGGGUCGGACUUUUGCAGGGCGUCCCAAGUUUGUUGUUUACAGCUGAAUGUGCAAAGAGUAAAUGAAACGGAACACACUUCACUGAUGUAUGAAGUUUUAGCUGAUCAGACCAUGUGGGCGGUUCUUGGUCGAACGGCAGGCGUGAUAACAAUGGAGACGAGCACAGCUGAAGGGCAGUGCGUGUCUUUAGACGUGAUGCCUCUAGGCGCCGGCUACCUUCCGCUACCAGCAGUUCGUCUUUCAAAGUACAUCGCGCGUGAUACUAGUGCCAGAGAUACGUCUGCGCAUCCUCGCUUGGAGCCUUUCAGUCCAGGACAAGUAUACCACGCGGGAAAGGCAAAACAAGUUCACGUUUUAGCGCCAGCUCCUAAAGAACAUUUGGAUAUUACAGUUUGAAUCAAGGAGCAAUUUUGUCCAUUAACUACAUAAAAAAACCAAAAAUAUAUCCUUUAUUUGAUCACAUAAAAACAUAGGCAUAAGAUCACACUAAAAUACUUUGUUGUUUCAUAGUUACGACCAGCAUACAGUAACUUCCGUCGAGUCUCUUACCGGAUAAACCUUUUUCCCAUAAAAUAUAGGGUCGGGUCGGUCGGGUCGGGUCUUUGUCAAAUCAACAGCUGGACGGAAAAUAUCAAUCAUUUUCUGGAAUUUCAUCAGCCAUCAGUCCAGAAAUGUUGUUAUCCAGUUACUUACAGAAAUCCCCUUUUAUUACCUCACUGUACAUGAAUCUUCCUAUUCUUCUGAGACUCAUAGAUAGCGACUUUCAUAAAACAGUGGGGUUUAUGUUUGACCACUGUUUUGUCAUGGUUACAAACGACAGGUCUGGUGUGAUCUUACGCUUAGAAAAUAUAAAAAUAAAAUGAAUAAAACUGUGAACAGACGCAAAUAUUGUAGGCAAUUAUUUCGGCGACUGAACGUGUGCAGUAUCGAAUACUGCGACGUUAUUAUUACAAUUUGCUUAUAUGCAAACAAGCCGCUCAUUUAUAACGUUAGACGUUUUCCCAAUACAUGACAAAUGGUUAUAGUCAAUAAUUUUAUUGCUGUGUUUUUUUUUAAAUAAUUGUCGAUGAUUCGUGUCAAAGAUUUUACGUCCUGCAGGCGUUGUGAACUUCAUAAUAAGUAAAAACUAAACUAAAAAAGACCCUAAAGAAAUAAUUAGAAUGCUAGUUCUAUUUUUGUCCCCUUCAUAUUGUCGGACCACAAAAUACAUGUGAUAAAACUUUGUUGUUUAAAACUUUGGCUUUUGCUGUUUAGGCUUUUUGAACGUUUAUCUACGGUCGAUUAUAUUAUGGGUAGAGUAAUUCACAAACCAAAUAACCGAAUUUUUUUAACUUUUUUUUACUAAGUUGAUGGUAUACUGAACGAAAGCCUGCAAGCAAUAGCAUGGGCUAUCUCUGUACGACCGUAUAAGGCAGUCACUAAAAAUAUAAUCAAUGUUUUUAUCACCAAAAGACAAACAACUCGCUUGGAACCAAACUGCAAAAGGACGUUAUCAAUAAUUCGACUUGUUUUUUUUAUAUUUGGCGAUUUUACUCUAUUAAUGUCUCCAUUCUCAAUCACUUCUGAACAGAUUUUCAUGUAUUUUUCCUUACCUAAACUUCCCAUUCCAAAAAACAUUUACUUGUUCCCGGUUAAAUUACAUUAUGUAUCUGAUAGAGAUCUCCAGAUUGAGCGGAACUCCUAACGGACACUUGCAUGUUACUUGAAAUCAGUGCAAUACGUCACUAAACAAUAUACUUAGUUUUAACCUUCAAUUAUUGAUACAGAAUACUUGGUUUCUAACGCCUAUUGAAGAGCGUAUUCCAUACCCUUAACAUUCGGAUGACCUUGACGCGUCCCAAUGGCUUUCUGCUGUACCGCAUUUAAAGUAUUUCAAAAACGCAUUACGUGCUCUCUGCUGCCCUGGCAUCCAUCUCUUGUGCUGCAGUCUUACCACCGUUAUGAACCUAUAGGUCACCGCAGAACAAAAGACUGUUUAUUUUCAAGAUACCUUCUUUUCCAAGUGAGUUCUAUCAAGUUCUUCGUAACUGUCUUCUCGAUAUCGUAUCAAAUCUUGUAUGACGGUCGGUACUUCUACUUAUUCUAAAUUCGGUUAGUGAGUUCAAGGUCAUGCAGUGGAUCGAAUAGAAUACUAUCAAAUAUUUAAAAAAGUUAAAAUUGUGCUUAUAUUAAUUGAUAACGACAUUGUAUGCUGGGCCUGGCACCUUUUUUAUGAGUUACGCUGGUUUGGCAGAUUGCAUUCAACUUAUUAGUCCAGCAAAAUGAAAUUACUAGGGUGGAAGUCAAAAGGAGUUUUCAAACUUUGUUUCAACAACAAAUUCUCGUGUCUUUGCCAUUCUGUCACAUUAUGGACUAGAAGUUUUCGUGUCUUUAAUAUUUUCUGUACGAAUAAACAGAGCAUUUGACAUUCUGUGUCACAUUAUAGCUAAUCGGUGUCCAUUAAAGUACACGUAAAAGCCAUUAACCAAUAAUUUAUCUGAAUCAUUGUAUAAAUUGAUAAAGCAAAGAAUUUAUAGGUAAUCAGUCUUAAACCUACGAGUAUAUUUUCAAGUCACGAGAAAUGUUAUAGGUGCUAAAUCGUUAGGCACAAUUCAACUGAACUACAUGAUUGUUUUUUCAUGGUCAUUAUUAAUUGUUAUUUAUGUCGAUUAAUUAACGUUACGUACACUCUUUGUUGUAUUCUUAAGGGCUGCCUUUCUCGGUUAUAUUUCCUCAGUUGCCUCGUACGACACCCGUAACCGCUAGUAACUUUACAAACUGUUCU